CGCCGUUGGCCAGCCUGGGCUCCGGUAUCACGUGCUACGUCACGCUCCAAGAUGGGAAAGAUGGGCGGGCGAUUUUCCUUAGAUGGAGCCCGUUAUCCGUACCGAUACGUUGUAGACGAUAAGCAUGCCGGCUCAAAAGUACGCGGAUAAGUAUUCGUUGAAAGCGAUCAGCAUGGAGACGGUCAGCAUACCGGCGAACAACUCCCAGCAGCAUCUGAUGAACGACGACGGUGUCGACUCCGUUCCGAGCCUCCUCAACCCGAGCCAGUCGGCCGAGGGCGUCCGGCCGCCGGUCUCUGUUAGAUCCUGGAUCACCAUCGGCGUCCUAUGCUAUGUCAACCUCAUCAAUUACAUGGACCGUUUCACAAUCGCAGGCAUUCUGAAGGAAGUGCAGAAUGAAUUUAACAUUGGCGAUUCCUAUGGAGGCCUCCUGCAGACGGUUUUUGUCAUCAGUUAUAUGAUCUUCGCCCCACUUUUUGGCUACCUCGGUGACCGGUACAGCCGUCGGUGGCUUAUGGCCUUUGGCGUGGCUCUAUGGACUCUGAUGACUUUAAUUGGCUCAUUCAUGCAGGAUUAUCGUUUGUUUUUGCUCUUCCGAGCAUUGGUUGGCAUCGGUGAGGCAAGUUAUUCAACAAUAUCACCUACCAUAAUCAGCGACCUCUUCCUUUCCGAUCUUCGCUCCAAGAUGUUAGCCAUCUUUUAUUUUGCCAUACCGGUCGGAAGUGGUCUUGGCUACAUAACUGGAGCAAGCGGCUAUUCACUCUUCGGGAACUGGCGGUUCGGUCUGAGGUUCACCCCCUGCCUCGGAUUGAUAGCAGUCUUGCUCAUCAUAUUUGUAAUGUCAGACCCUCCAAGAGGGGAAAUAGAAGGGCGUGGGUCUCUCCAAGCAGGAAAUUAUUAUAAAGAUGUAAAAUCUCUAUUAAAAAAUAAGAGCUUUAUGCUCUCAACCCUUGGUUUUACCUGUGUAGCCUUUGUAACAGGAGCUUUGGCUUGGUGGGCUCCCAAAUUUAUCGCCCUCGGCCAAAAAAUUAUCUCAAGAUCGCAAGUCGAUAAUACCACUGAAGUAUCUACAAUUUUUGGACUGACAGCAAUGAUUGCCGGAGCUGUGGGUGUGCCUCUUGGAACUAUUUUAGCUAACAAGGGAAGGAAGUACAUUGGUGUAAAAGCUGAUGCAUUGGUUUGUUCAGUUUCGCUCGUUCUGAGUCUUUCAUUUUUAAUUCCUUCCAUUAUAAUCACUCCCGAUGAUUUACAAUGCUACAUUUUAAUUUUUCUGGCACAAGUCUUUAUAAAUUUUAACUGGGCCAUAGUGGCUGAUAUAACAUUGUAUGUUGUACUCCCUACAAGACGAUCAUCUGCAGAAGCUUUCCAAAUACUUAUAUCUCAUGCCCUCGGUGAUGCAGGAAGCCCGUAUUUAGUUGGGGUCAUUUCAGAUGCUCUGAAGCAGACGACAGAGACUGAAAAUAUGGUCCAGGCUGAAGACAACAAGACUGAAGUCGAUUUCCGGACUUUGCAAUACGCACUGUUCACGACAUGUUUCAUAGAAAUUAUUGGGGCGAUAUGUUUCCUCAUCACAUCCUUUUACAUUAUCGAAGAUAAAGAGAUGGCGAUAAUUGAAAGCGAAGGUACAUUAGAGAAAGGUGAUCAGCCCACCAAUCACAUGUACGCAGACGAUCCCCGGCUCAAUGGAAGUGAGGCCAACUUGACCAUCCCUUCUUAACAGGCCUUUAUGUCAGUUUCGUCAAACUGAUUCAUUACAAUGAGUUUGAGUGGCAAACUUUUAAAAUGAACAAAAAUCAUUUAAAGAACAACAGAAACUGACUGAGGACCUUUUAUACCAUGCUUUAACCAAAUUGUCAAAUGUGUGCAUACUUCCCUGUUUGUAAUGAACUUAUUUAUAUUUGCCAGCCUUUUAUUGGAAUGGAGGGCAUUAACCCAAAUGUUAAUUUAGAACAAUUUUCAUAACAAAUGUAUAGUUAUAAUUAUUUAAAGACAUUUAGGUUAUAGCUGAAAGACUGUGUUACUUUUAUUUUGUCUUUUUAUUUAAUUAUUUUUAUUUUUGUGAUUAAAUUUCAAAAAUUAUGUCAGUACACAGUAUUGCAGUUACGUAAAAGUAACAAAAUAAAAAUGUUUUAACUUGAACAAUAAUAUGAAUUGUCGUUUGCUUUAAAAAAGUAUAUAAAAAUUUAUGUGUCUUGUCUCCACAUUUUAAACUGUUCACAAUGAGAUUGGAACACUAAAAUAAUCAAAACUGCCAUAUCAUGUUUUUUUUUUCUUUUUUUUUUUUAUAAAGACUGUCUCUUAUAUAAAAUAUAAUACAAAACUAUUGUAAUUUAAAAUUGUAUAUUGCUUGUCUAGCUGAUUGUAUAUAUGUGUAAUAGUGUUAUUUGUAAAAACACAAUAUUUAAUUAUGGAAA